CGUUUGCUGCAUACAGUUUCGCUCACCUCAAAUCAGUUUGGUGUGAACAUUUGUAAGCGAAAGAUCACGAAGAUUUAGCUCUUCAGCACAAAAUUCAGUGUUUUAUACUAACAAUAAAUUGAAAUAAAGUGAAUUUCACCAUUGAUUAAUCACUUCUAAUCGUUAGAAGUAGCAAAGUUUAUUUUAAUUCUACAAUUUUAUCUGAACAAGUGAUCUUAGCGUUGAUCUUCUCAGUGGAUUCUUUACUCGCUAAAUGAUCGCUAAUGGUGGAAGAUAUUAAACUAUUGUUUUAUUUUACUUUGGGAGUAAUACUUACGUGAAUGUGAGACUUUGUGCUGUGUUCUUCAAAUCCGCGGAGAGUGUCUCGAGAGGCGAAUUGAGUCCGGCGCGGAGUGAAAUUUCACGGAAAAAUCGUGACUCAGUGCUGGGGCUCUUAUCAUCAUUCAAAUGUGUGGUACCUUCCACGGAAUCCAUGAAGGGAAUAAUAGCAUUGUGAAUUGUGUGGAGAAAACACGUUAAAAAGGAUUAAUAAAAAAAAGUCGAAAAACAUAUAAAAUUGAAGGGCCUUCAGGAUAGAAUGGGGCUCAAAAGGGAAUAAAACAAUUGGAGUUUGAGAUCAAUCUGAAGUUAAAUCGUGUCUGAAGCAUCAGGAUUGACAAUUGCGAGAAGAGAUCAAUCCGUGGGAGAGCAUUCUGGAGAACCAGGAAGGACGUAUAUAUAAUCAACAAAAUUGAGUUCAAUUUCAUGAACAUUUCGUGCAGUCUUGUGUAUCUUUUGCCCAGACAAUCUCAGUAUUAGUUAUGUGAAUGUGCAUAAAUCCCAGCAAAUGAGUGUUCACUAGGUACAAAAAAAAUGCCAGUGUGACCGAGAAAAUUUACAUCAAGGAUUAAUUAAAGUGCAAAAAUUAACUAUGGAGGCAAAAGCUGAAAAUCGAUCAUUCUCCUUCAUCAGAGGGUCAGAUCCUCGAGUGGCGACUUGCAGAGGAAAACUACAAAGUCGACGAUGUAAACUUAAUCAGGAGAUCAACAAAGAGCUACGACUAAGAGCUGGAGCGGAAAAUUUAUAUAAGGCAACCAGUAACAGAAAACUCAAAGACACUGUAGCCCUUGAGUUAAGCUUUGUAAAUUCAAAUUUGCAAUUGCUUAAGGAACAACUAUCGGAGCUCAAUUCUUCGGUGGAGAUAUACCAAAAUGAUAGCUUGGAUGCAGUUAUCCCAAUGAUUCCCUUGGGCUUAAAAGAAACCAAGGAAGUAAAUUUCAUGGAACCCCUGUCUGACUUCAUCCUUGAGCACUACAGCGAGGAUUCAUCCUGCUAUGAAGAUGCCAUUGCAGACAUCACAGAUACGAGACAGGGUGCCAGAACUCCCACACGAGAUUCUUCAGGUGUGGCUCUUCUAUUCCGUUACUACAACCUCCUCUAUUAUGUGGAGAGGCGCUUUUUUCCGCCCGAUCGUAGUUUAGGUGUUUAUUUCGAGUGGUAUGACUCACUAACAGGCGUUCCUUCGUGUCAAAGAACUGUGGCAUUUGAGAAGGCUUGUAUUUUGUUCAAUCUCGGUGCCAUUUACACACAAAUUGGAGCUCGACAGGAUCGAAGCUCAGAGAGGGGCUUGGAUGCCGCUGUGGAUUCCUUUUUGCGAGCAGCAGGAGUCUUCAAGCACAUCUACGAUACCUUUACAAAUGCUCCCUCCAUGGACUUGAAACCUCAGGUCCUGGAAGUUCUAGUCGCUCUAAUGCUUGCCCAAGCUAGGGAGUGUUUGUUCGAAAAGUUACUUCUUCAGAUGGAGAAUAUGUCUCUCAAAGAUCCAUCACACCUUCAUCGCGAUUUAUCCGGAGAAGCAGCCCAAUUGACCAUGGAGUACAACGAUAUGCACAUGAGCAUUCAAUCGAGUGAAACACACACGUAUUUGCCGGAAUGUUGGGCCGGUCUGGUGCCUCUAAAAGCCGAAUACUACAAGGCACUAUCGCACUAUCACGCUGCAAAGAGUAUCAGUACAAAAACCUAUAAGAAAUCAUCAUCAAGCACAGCAUCAUCAUCUGCAUCAUCGAAGACAUCAUCAGUUAUAAAGCCCAGUGAUUCAUUCAUUUACGAUGAAUCUUCAAUUGACGAAGAUGUUAAUCCCAUUGCUCUAAAAGGGGCCCAUCUUAAGGAGGCUCUCGCUAGUCACGAUGAAGCUCAGAGAUUGCAGCGAAUGUGUCGGGAAUUGAAGAACAAGAGAGCCCUCACGAAAAUUCUGCAUCAAGCUUAUGCUGAAACUCGUGAUGAAACAGAAAGUUUCCAGGCGGAAACGGAAAAGAAGGAAAAGUUUGUGGAUGAGGAAUUUGAUCUCCUCGAAGCACCCCUAAAUGCCUGCUCGAAGUUUACACUGUCACUUACUGGACCUGAUCUGACGGCGUAUAAAGUGGAAGAUCCUUUCAGGAAAUUGGGUCCAAUUGCCAUUUUCUCAGCGAGACGCCAUUGGACAGCACCGCGGAGUGUUCGUCUGCAGAAGGGAACGAGUUUGGAGGGUGCAAAGUCACCAAGAUCACGAAAGACCUCAAUGAAUGUGGGCGGAAGGUGUCAGUGCAAGAAGAGCUCAAGCUACGAUUCGGGCAGGUGCGAAGUGUGCACCAAAUACAUCACCUACACUGCUGAUGAUUCAUCCGGCAAGGACCAACAGAAUCAACCAUCAAACCAGGAUAACGUUGAGAGCUUUGGAUUUCACGUUCGGGGAGAUGCUCCAGUUAUUAUCUCCUACGUCGAAAUUAAUUCCUUGGCCGAUUUGGGAGGAAUUAAGGAUGGUGACUUCAUUGUCGAGAUAUCAGGAAUCGAUGUGAAAUGGUAUACCAAUCAGCAAGUGGUCAACCUUAUCCAGGCUGCCGGAUCGUGUCUCGACCUCAAAAUCAUAACUCCAAUGGAUCGAAAUUACUUAAAGCCAGUAGCUGGCUCCAGUAAAGGAUCUGUAUCUACAUUGUCCGGUGGGAGUUCGUCGGGUGUUUCAUCUGGAGCUCCCAGCCCCAAUGGCACAACUUCCAAGCCAAAAUCUCGAAGCAAGUCUACAAAAAGUCGCUUGACUAAUUUAAGUGCCAACGGAUGGAAUCCCUUCAGGCGGACACAGAGCAUGGGAAAGAUAUAUUAGGGACUUCUUACAACUUUCAGAAUAUUUAUAGUGACAAAAUAUUGUACUUGAGUAUAUCAGAAAAUCUGAAGAAGUUGAACUGUUGUAACAUCAAUCAAUAAAUAAAAUAAAAAUUAUUUAGCAAAUAUUGCGCAAAUAAAAUAAUUAAAAUUCAUUCAA